CCCACACACCUUUCCCACGAGUCCCGGCCUGAAUUUCCCAAGAACCUCUGUUGUUUCUUUCCCCGCCUCUAGGGCUGGUCAUACGGGAGGGAGUAAGGGCGGGCAGCCAGCCAGCCAGUCGUUAGCAUAGCCACGCCCCCAGCAGCCUUCAAUCGGUUCCGGAGAAGCGCGACUUGCCUUUUUGCUGCUAGUGCCGUCGACACUUCGCAGUUUGUGGACUGUUUGCUGGGGAUUCAACGUGCUGCCCUCUAGCUGUCGGGAGUCAAAAGGUCUUUUUAGGAAACUUUGAAUGAAGUUAUGACAAGAUGGGCUCGGGCUAACGUAACCCAGAGCAAGAAGGCUCUAGAUGCAACACCAUGGGAAGAUAUGAAAAAUAGUUCCUCUGGAACCACAGCAACAAAUAAAAAGCAAAGUCCUUUAAGGAAUCUCCAAGGAAAAAAGAAAAAUAAGAAGAAAAAAGACUAUCUGAAUGAAGAUGUUAAUGGUUUUAUGGAAUAUUUAAAACAAAAUUCACAAUUGCAUAGUGGCAAAGUGACUGACAGCCACAGAAUUAAGGAGGAAAUCACAACAGCCUUAAAGAAGGACCAACGCCGGGAGACUAGAAGGUUGAAAAGGCAAGAUAUAAAGAAGAACACCAUGGUGUGCUUCCACUGUAGAAAGCCAGGACAUGGUGUUGCAGAUUGCCCAGCUACACUUGACAGCCAAGAUAUGGGAACUGGAAUUUGUUAUCGUUGUGGAUCUACAGAGCAUGAAAUCAAUAAAUGCAAAGUAAAAAUAGAUCCUGCCCUUGGAGAUUUUCCAUAUGCAAAAUGCUUUAUUUGUGGUGAGAUGGGACAUCUUUCCAGGUCAUGUCCAGAUAAUCCUAAAGGACUCUAUGCUGAAGGAGGUUCUUGCAGGGUUUGUGGAUCUGUAGAGCACUUUAAAAAAGAUUGUCCAGAGAAUCAAAAUUCAGAUCGAGCAAUAACUGUUGGUCGAUGGCUCAAAGGAAUGAGUGCAGAUUAUGAAGAAAUUCUAGACAGUACUAAACUGCAAAAAUCAAAACCAAAAGUAGCCAAGGUUGUUAACUUCUGAUAUUUCCUAUCUUGCACGAUUUCUUAAAAUGAAACUCAAAUUAUGACCUAGAAGUGAUAAUAUGGCUGCUUUGCAGACUUUUAUAAGAAGACAAGGCUAUCCCAUCUGUCUCCCUUCCUGGAUGAUAAUAAAAAUGGAGGCUUUUAACAGAACAAAUUUCAGGAAGUGGCUGAAAUGGAAGGUAAUCAGAAAGAAAUUACUGGUUUCCCAAUCAGCAUAUCAUUCACUAAUAUGAUGCUUAUCUGUGGUAACUGAUGCCAAUAAAAAGUGUGAAUAUA